AUGGCAAAUCAAGUUAUUGUCGGAGCACUCUUUCUGGAAGGAACAUCGCAAGUGAGGCCACCAUACUUUAAUGGACAACAUUUCUCUCACUGGAAAGUGCGUAUGGAAAUAUCUGCAAAAUAUUAUGAUGUCAAAAUUUGGAGAGUUAUCAAAAAGGGGAAUUACCCAUUACCGGCUGCUGCUCAACCAGCCGCUGAUCCUGAAGAUAUAGAUGAAUAUAUUGAUGAACAAAUGGCGGUUGUGCAAGUUAAUACUAAAGCAAGGAAUCUGCUUUAUAAUGCUAUAAGUGGUGAGGAAUAUGAGAAAAUAUCUAGUUGUGAUACAGCUAAAGAGAUGUGGGAUAAACUUGAAGUCACUUAUGAAGGAACAAGUAAAGUGAAAGAAACCCAUAUCAAAAUCUUGGUUCAUGACUACGAACUUUUCCAGAUGAAAGAAGGAGAAUCUAUUGAAGAAAUGUUUGCCAUAUUUAGCAAAAUCAUCAAUUAUCUAAAAGCUUUUGGCAAACUCUACUCAAGUGGUGAUCAAGUUAGGAAAAUUCUGAGAAGUCUGCCCACUACUUGGCAGACAAAGGUAGUUACUCUUGAGUCACAGGAUUUUAAUAAAUUAUCAUAUGAUGAACUUCGAGGAGAACUUAUAGCUUUCGAGAAAACUCAUCUCAAGAAAACAAAUCAAGAAGAGAAGAAGAAGACAGUUGCUUUCAAGGCUACAACUGAAAGAACAGACAAUGAUAUUGAUGACGACCCUGAAUAUCUUCAAGAAGAAAUUGCCAUGGUAUCAAGGAACAUGGAUGGUUUAAUGAGGAGAUACAGGAAUACAAAAAGAGGCAGAAUACCACCCAGGCGAACUAGGCAAUACAAUGAACAAGACAAAAAUGAUGGCAAAUGCUAUGAAUGUGGAAGAUUUGGGCAUGUUCAAGCUGAAUGUCCUGAGCUUAAAAGAAAGGGUGCUGGACAGACGAGGACAUCUCAGAUGAUGAUUGCAAAGAUGACAACGACAAUUGUUUCAUGGCACGAGGUGAAACAAGCGAGGAACACCACAGAAGGAGUCACAAAGGAAAAUGGGUAUGAAGUAAAGUUCAAGAAAACAGGAUAUGCUAUUGAAGAUGAGAUAGGUAAAGUAAUCCUCCCAGAAGAGUCAGUACAUGUUAUCUUUGAUGAGAAUAACACUUCGGCCGAGAAAGGAAUUACUGCAGGUGAUGAAAAUCAAACACAAGUAAUUCAGGAAACAAGCAACUCUCAAGAGUCGACUAAUAAACUUAACAGUGUGGUAGAGUCAACUAAUGAGAUUAGCAACAGUCAAUCAGAACCUCCAGAGGAGUCAACUACUCAUACAGUUAGUCCAAAUGAAUGGAGAAGUGAACUGGAAUAUCCUCAAAAGUUCAUCAUAGGGGAUCAAAGCGAAGGAAUAAAAACCAGGGGAGCUCUCAAGAAGAAAGCUAACACAACACUGAUUUCCCAGAUUGAGCCAAAGAAAAUAGAGGAAGCUUUGAAAGACUCAAGCUGGAUGCAAGCAAUGCAGGAAGAUCUAGAUCAAUUCUAA